AUGAAUAUCGGGAUUGAGAGCUCAGAUUUUACUCCUGCCGAUAUGCUAUCCUACGACGACAAUGUUGCCUACGACGACCACCAGCCGGUUACCGAGCCCGUGCACACCCAACUCGCCGAUCGAAUAGGAAACACGAAGGUAUACUUACUACCGGAAGCGACAGAUUCGCCCUACAGGGACAAUGCCAUACUGUUCCGUGGGACACCCAUUUCGCACCUAUCAACCGCUAGCAUCAAAGAGUACGCCACACAUUAUGACUCCCACCCUAUGGCCCUCGAAUGGAUCGACGACAUAACAUGCAUUCUGGUCUUCGACACCAAAGCUGUGGCACGCUCGGCAUUGCGCCACCUCACCAAGUCAAUAGCGGAGGAACCCUCAGCUGAGGAUGGUUCGGUGACCGCUAAACCAAUUCCUGUUGCUAUAUGGCCUCCAGAAGAGAGGAUCAACAAGAGUCUAGGGAAGGGUGAGGGACUGAAGGGCGCUAUCAGGAUGAGGUGGGCGACUCGCGAUGAUAUCAAGAAGAAGGGCGCGAAGAAGGAAAGCGAGUUCUAUCGGAAGUACGGCAGCAAGGCCGGGAAGUUAAUUGGGAGCGAAGUCGGUGCACUUGAUAGAGACGACGAGCCCCAACGGAAACGGAGGAGGGAGGAUCCAUUGGAUAAAGCAGUCCAAAUGGCCCGCCUGGAUGACGAACUGGACGCAUUCUUGGCCGAGGACGACGCUCCGCAAGAAUUACCGUCUCCGCCAUCGAAAAUGCGGUCGGAUCACAUGGUAUCGGACAGAAAAUCGCUGCUCCAGCGAACCUCCGUCAUGCGAGCCAGACCAGAUACCCUGGCGUCCCGUAUAACUGCUGAGCUUCCACGGCGUGCGCGGUCUCACAGACAUAGCGAGCGGGAAGACGACCAUCGCACAUCCUUGCGAAGGUUACCGCAACGGGAUAGACGAGACCAUCGCGAGGAUGACUCGUUUGGCGGCAGAGGCCGCCCGCGACCUCACAAGACUCAACAAGACCUGGACGACGAGCUUGAAGCGUUCUUGAAGGAGCGAGAGUGA